AAUUGUCAAAUAACAUAAACUUAUAUAACUUAUAUCAGAGAUGUCUGUAUGCGAAGUAAAGCAAAACUUGCCGGCUCUCAUUAUUUUUGACAAAGACGGAACACUUAUCGACUUUCAGUCAACAUGGACGCCAUGGCUUAUGGCUUUAGCGAAAAGUCUCGAAGCAGAUUGUGAAUUUAACGUUUCUCAACCGCUCUACGAUAUCAUGGGCUACUGUGAGAAAACGUCAACUCUUAGUGAUUCAAGUCUGCUCGCAUACGCAAGUAUGGAUGUGAUAAAAGAAGAAAUAAAAGGAAUGUUGCUGAAAAACGGUUGUGAAGCUAAAAAUGUUGAGGGCUUACUUCGAAAAUGCUGGAAAGAAUGUCACUCAAAUAACACAAAGCAACCAAUACCGACUACUGAUCUCCCUUCAUUGUUCACAAAUCUACAUAAAGUUGGGGUGAAGAUUGGGGUAUGUACUUCUGAUAGUCGCAAAAGCACACAGUCUGCUCUGCUUAAACUAAAAGUUUUGGAGCUAGUUGAUGUAAUUGUGUGCUCGGAUGAUGAAAAUAUGGAGCCAAAACCAUCACCAUGUGGAGUAUAUAAAAUCUGUUCUGAGUUAGGGGUAGAACCAAUAAAUUCAGUGGUUGUUGGUGAUACCACAGAUAUGUUGAUGGGAAAAUCUGCUGGUGUUGGCUUGAUUCUUGGGGUUCUUACUGGCAUUGGUACAAGAAAUGAAUUAGCUGAAAAUGCUGACAUUAUUUUAGAAAAUAUUGAAGAAAUAUGGAAUGUAUUUGAUUAAAGUGAUUGCAAAACUUGUGUU